GCGGGGACCAACACCCCGGCCCGUCCGGACCGGCCGCUCCAGUCUCGGGUAAGAUGGCGGCUCUUCUGCGCCUGCGCAGUAGAGGAGCCGCAGCGGUGACGUCACCACCAGUCCGCGUGCUGGUUUUCCUCCUCGCGUGCUGGAACACAAACACGAACCCGCGGUCCGGACGGAGCAGGAGCUGACCCGGUCCAGGAGGAACUAAGAUGCUACCUUGAACGGUUGUGCAGAUCCAUGAAAGGCAGGACCCCCCUGGGACCUGUUCAUGGCCUCAACAAACACUCAACACGGUAUGGUGAUUCUGAAAGAAGGGGCGUCCGCCCUCGCAGCAGCACCUGCAGUCAAUCAUCCACCGGGAGCCUUCGCACCUCCAAGACCAGGCAGGGUGAGAACCCCUGGGAUGGAUCCACACACCUGCAUUCCCAGCGAGGAAGCAGAUUUUAGGACUAAAGAGGCCACAAUGAAGACUGGUGGACUAAAGCAUCCCAAAAGUUCGAAGAUGGCCUCGGACAACCUGCCUCCUGACAGUGUCUGUAAAGGCGUCACGGUGACUCUGGACAACAACAGCAUGUGGAGGGAGUUUUUCAGCUGCAGAACAGAGAUGAUUGUGACUAAAGAAGGCAGCAGGAUGUUCCCUUACUGCCGCUUCCACAUCUCCGGCCUUCAACCGUCGAAGAAGUACAGCCUCUUCAUGGACAUCCAGCCCUUAGACAACAGUCAGUACAGGUGGACCGGAGAGAGCUGGGAAGUUUCCAGAAAAGGAGAGCCUCACAUAAAAAGUCGACCAUUUGCCCACCCAGAUUCUUCAGCGGCCGGUCAGCACUGGAUGCAGAGUCCGGUGUCGUUUUACAGACUGAAGCUCACAAACACCGUGAGCGACCAGGAGGGGAACACCGUCCUGCAUCCAAUGCAUCGGUAUUUACCGCGACUGCACGUGGUCCAGACGGACAAGGCUGCGGAAAUCGUCCGACUGAAUGGUCCUAAUGUUCUCACGUUCACGUUCCCCCAGACCGAGUUCAUAGCAGUCACUGCUUACCAGAACCCACAGCUGGCUCAGCUGAAGAUCAAUUACAACCCAUUCGCUUACAACCCAUUUGCUAAAGGACUGAAUGACAGCGGAUCCAGUUUACGGGGCCGGAAACUGAAACUUAAUUCCAGAAAAGACUUGAACAAAGACGGGGGUAGUGCAACCGUCGAGCAGCAUCCUGUGAAGCAAAACUUAAAGUCUUUACUUUCAAACCAUAAACCGAGAUGUUCAAAAGCAGGGAACUCCAAACCCCCAGUUCCAGAACCCCUCCAGAAAAGUUCCUCAUCAAACAAUGAUCGGACGGCUACCAAGGUCCCUGGGGAGAGUCCACGAAUUUCACGUCCCUCUCAGAAGUUGUUCUCUGAACUGAUUCGCGAGGCCCAUGUUUCACUGCAGAGAUGCAAUGUGGAGCAGCUGGGUGGUCUGAGAACGGCCAAGGAUGACCCUAAAACUUCUCAUCCUUUUAACUCGUGUGACGUUAAGGACGGCGUCAGGACCAGUGGACCCAGUUCUGGUUCUCAGGACUGCGCUGAGCGUUUGGAGAAGCCAUGUAAUUUGGACUCGUCCUCAGAUAGCGUGAAGCAGCACAAGCGCCCGGCUCGGGUGCCUCUGCCAGCACUUGCGCUAUUUUUGAAACAGCAUUCCACAAAAUGUAAAAAGACCAACAGUAAACCAGAUUCUGCUCCUACGGCAUCUUUGUCUGAAUCAGUAAGUUCUGCUGCAGCUUCUGAUCCAACCCCCACCAACAUACCCGUCAACCAGGACUCUGGACGGAUCUGUACAGACUUUCAUCCAGAUGAAAUGGAUUUGAAAGAUAUCGGCCAAACAGCUGAACAAUCCUCGUGUCCAGGUGUUAGUCCUGGUGUUGGUCCAGAUCCAGAGGUAAUCCACACAGAUGACCACCUUCCCUCUGCUCCUGGAGGUCCGGGCUCAGAGCCACCAGUCCUUGAUGCUACACCACUUGUUCCUAACUCGGGUGACCAGUUUCCCAAUGUCAGGACAUCUACAUCCAUCCUCUCAACAUUUGCUACCUCUUACAUGUCUUCCAGUUCACCGCCCCCUCUCAGUACAGUGUUACCUGCCCUGAACCCCCCACAGACCCCUGAAGGGCCUUCUGUACUCCCUUCAGACACCCGUACCUUGAAGACAGAGUCUUUGCUUCCUGACCCAGAGUGUUCUUCAUUGGACUUUGAGCUUUUGUCACCUGCCAGCUCUCCAGAACCGUUACCCCCCCUGCCAGCCUCCCUGGCUUCAGAGCUGGACUCCAUCCCCUCAGACUCCAUUUGUGCAGCCGGACCGCCUGAAGACCUACUGCACUGCAAAAACUCCUCGGUCUUUCAAUGGCAUACAGUAUUACCGCCAACGGAGCCGUAUGUAAACACUCAUUUCUCAACAUUUCAGUCCAUGCCCCCAGACUCUCCUCUAGUACCUGUUACAUCACCUCUGUUGCCUUGCCAGCCAGAAGCACACGGUCUUAAAGCCUCUACGUCCACACCUUCCAGCGAUGCCUCCAUGUCCUUUCAGGAGAGUGAGCAGCUGCUGCCGUUCCCUGCAGAGCUCUCCUCCCUCGCCCUGCAGCUGCCUUUGUCUCCCACCUUCUCUUUAAACGGAGAGGAAUUGUCCCCCACACCUUCCCUCUCCGACCUUGUGCAGUUCUUCUCCGUCAACGGCGACGCUGGGAUCGGGGUGGCGUUUCCCAACGCCGAGGCAGCUGCUGUUCCGUGCCCAUCUCCGCCUGCUGAAGAAGUUCCCAAGCCUCCUCCGCAGGAGAAGCCAGUUCCAGCAAGCAAGCCGUGCAAGCGGAAGAAGACCAAGUUACCGAAGCUUGCACGGUUAGAUGUAGAUCAGAGGAUGGAGAACUACAGAAAUAUGCAUCCUAACUUGGAGGAAGUGGAGGAGCAGUUAUUUAUCUCUUUUACGUCAAAGGAGGCCCUCAAACUCCACACUACAGACACCCCCGAAGAUCCGGCCCCUCAGACGACCACCAGGACUCAAGCAGAAGCUGAAGGAAACGACGGCAGCCACGCAGAGAACCUGGAGGAGAUGUUUGCGGUCUUCCAGAAGACUCUGCUGAGGGACUUGAAGCUGAUGAAGCACCGGCAGGUUCUCCACCCCGUGCUGCAGGAAGUUGGUCUGCAGAUGAGCCUGCUGGAACCAGCUCUGUCCGUAGACCUGCCGUACUUGGGAGUCCAUCUUCCCCUCCCCCCUCCUGGAGUUCCUCUGGAGCCUCUGAACCCGAGGCUGCCGUCUUCUCAGGGUGUUUCUGCCACGUUUAUGUCCAGAACAGGAAAAACUAAAGAUGUGACUCAAAUCAAAGGCUGGAGGGAGAAGUUCAUCCUUCCUGAGGCGAUACCCACCCCUGCAUCUUCCACACCUGAAGCUGGUCCCAGCUCAGAUCUGCAGGGGGACUCGUCCGGUUCCAGCUCAGAUCUGCAGAACGACUCGUCGGGUCCCAGUUCAGAUGUUGAGAAUAGGGACUCGUCCGGUCCCAGCUCAGAUCUUGAGAAGGACUCGUCCGGUCCCAGCUCAGAUCUGCAGAGGGACUCGUCCGGUCCCAGGUCAGAUCUGCAGAGGGACUCGUCCGGUCCCAACUCAGAUCUUCAGAGGGACUCGUCCGGUCCCAGCUCAGAUCUUCAGAGGGACUCGUCCGGUCCCAGCUCAGAUCUUCAGAGGGACUCGUCCAGUCCCAGCUCAGAUCUUCAGAGGGACUCGUCCGUUCCCAGCUCAGAUCUUCAGAGGGACUCGUCCGGUCCCAGCUCAGAUCUGCAGAGGGACUCGUCCGGUCCCAGCUCAGAUCUGCAGAGGGACUCGUCCGGUCCCAGCUCAGAUCUUCAGAGGGACUCGUCCGGUCCCAACUCAGAUCUGCAGAGGGACUCGUCCGGUCCCAGCUCAGAUCUGCAGAGGGACUCGUCCGGUCCCAGCUCAGAUCUGCAGAGGGACUCGUCUGGUCCCAGCUCAGAUCUGCAGAAGAAGAACUUGUCUGGUCCCAGCUCAGAUGUUGAGAAGAGGGACUCGUCCGGUCCAAGCUCAGAUCUGCAGAGGGACUCGUCUGGUCCCAGCUCAGAUCUGCAGAAGAAGAACUUGUCUGCGUUCUGCAGCGACAUGCUCGACGAGUAUCUGGAGAAUGAGGGGAAGCUGAUCAACGAGCGAGCCGCCAGCUUCUCCCAGCCGCCGGUGGAGACGCCGACCUACGAGCUACCUAUGAAGAGCACCAGCUACGUCCGUACUCUGGACCACGUCCUGAUGAAGCAUACUUCCGUCUCACCUGCCUCAGACCUGAUAUCUGGAUUCAUCCCCCCAUCGAAGAGACCUCGUCUCAAGGAGACUAAACCCGGCAGGAGGGCAAAGAAGACAGGUCCUAGACAGAAAAGACCCAGACCAGAAUCUGCAGCAGUUCCAGGCUCUGAGUCCGGUCCAGCUGCAACCCUUCUUCAGCCCUCAGAACCUUCACACAAACCCGUCUUUAAGAGGAGGAGGAAACUCAAACCCCAGACGUCAUCUCAGACCCUGAGCCUGGCCCGACCCAGGGGAAUGUCUGAGGACAUGGCUCCACUGGAGUCGGAUUCUGAGCUGGGUCAGUACGUGGAGACCUGCAGGAGGCCGAGCCAGCUCGGCAUGACCCGGGCCCUGCUCAGGCAGCGGGACUUGGAAGAAGGCGUGGUGGGAGAGGGCCAGUACCGGACGAGCAUCACCGAGGAGCGGGCCGCCAUCGCUCUGACAUCCCUCUUCACUCUGACGGGUUUUGUCAGGGAGAACCCGACGGCACCGAUCCAGGUGGGCCACCGGCGGGCGGCGCCGUGUCUGAACGAGUUCUGCAGACUGGGCUGCAUCUGCUCCAGUCUGUCCCACAGUUCCAGGACCAGCCACUGCGGCCGGUUGCCCUGCAUGUUCGGCUGCAGCUGCCUCAAGCAGAAGGUGGUGCUGCUCAAGAACCUGGACAGCCCCGACGCCAGCCCCGGCCCCAGCUCCCAGCACGGCAGGAAGAGGAAGAGGAGGAGGAGGAGGAGGAGGAGGAGGAUGAGGAUGGCUUACGUCCUGAAGGAGGCCGACAGCGUCUCCCAGCCUGCCGAGCGCAUCCGGACUCUGUGGAGGUGGGACGAGGGAGCCUCGGAUCCAGAGCCAGUCCACAUCCCUGCAAUGUCCCGAGCCGGCCGACCGGCCCGGCCGCCCCGGCCCUCCGUCGGCAGGCCGGCGGGCAGCAAGGCGGGCAGCAAGGCGGGCAGGCCGGUGGGCAGGCCGGUGGGCAGGCCGGUGGGCAGGCCGGUGGGCAGGCCGGUGGGCAGGCCGGUGGACAGGCCGGUGGACAGGCCGGUGGGCAGCCAGGUGGGCCGGCAGGAGGUCAGGCCAGUGGACAGGCCUGUGGGCAGCCAGGUGGGCCGGCAGGAGGGCAGGCCAGUGGACAGGCCUGUGGGCAGCCAGGUGGGCCGGCAGGAGGGCAGCCAGGUGGGCAUGCUGGGGGCCAGGCCGGAGGGCAGGCACGUCCCCAGCAGCUGCGCCCGAGUCCGAGGAUUCAGAAGAAAGAUGGACAAACAGAAGGUCCAGCAUGAGGUGCCAGAAGAUGUGAAGCUGGACCAGCGCAAAACUGCCCGACCGAAACUCCAGAAACCGAGAGAACCGCAGCUAAAAAAGAACGCCGAAACACCUGACCCUCAUCAAGGUGAAGAAGGUGAGCCUCCUCCCCGCCCCCCCACACCAUCCCCCACACCAUCAAAGAGACUCUUCAUCAUGGCCGGCUGUAAGUGGUCGCGUGACUCCGAUCAGAACUUCGUGUUGAGGAAGCUGUGCGAGGCGAUGGCUCAGGACCAACUGGCCAAGCCCUUCUGGAUCAGGAAUUACCUCAUCACUCCCCAGGGGCAGACUGUUGAGGGGAGCGGGGAAGAUCAGUGUGUCCAGUACAGGAUCCGCAUCUCCAGGCCUUUGGAGAGGCAGAAACCAGCAGCAGCAGGAAAACUGGCAGGACAGAGAGGCCAGCGAGCCUUCAGACCAGCAGCGUCGGACUCACAGAAGGACCACCAGAGACACGUGACCAGGGGGUUGGAGCCUCCUGAGGACUCGCAGAGGGAGGUGGUGGAGGAUGCCGAGCCUCCGCAUGAAGGACAGAAGGAGGUGAUGGAGGAGGCGGAGCCUCCUGAGGACUGGCAGAGGGAGGUGGAGGAGGCGGAGCCUCCUGAGGACUGGCAGAAGGAGGUGGAGGAGGCAGAGCCUCCUGAGGACUGGCAGAGGGAGGUGGAGGAGGCGGAGCCUCCUGAGGAAUACCAGAGGGAGGUGGAGGAGGAGGCGGAGCCUCCUGAGAACUGGCAGAAGGAGGUGGAGGAAGGCGACAUUGAGGCGGAAGUGGACAGGUGCAGUGGUUGCCGGGUGGACAAGGGGCAGGAAAACCGUAGAGCGAUGAAGUGUGAGCAGAAGAAGAGACUUCACAUGGCUCUGCCUUUUCUGACGGGAGUCUCUCCAGCCGGAUUCCUCUCCGCCGACAGGAAACACCCUGGAGGAUCAGACCACCUGGUCCAGGUGAACGGGAAGCAUUAUCCCCUGGCAAAGAUCCAGCUGGGGAAGAUGGGGGCGCUCCACCCGGCCAAUCGUCUGGCAGCGUACCUGACCGGCCGUGUGAUUCCCCGCAGACAACAAGCUCCUCCAACAUCCUCAUCGUCUACAUUGUCCUACAAACCUCCACCCAUCAACACUGCUUCUGCUGGCAGCGCAACACCUGUCGCAGCCGUCAGCUCAACGUCCUCCGCAGGGACCGGGUCCAACCAGCUGCUGAAUGCUGUGUCUCCUAAAGCGUCUCAGGUGGUGCUGGUUCAGGUCCCGGGUUCUCGUAAGACGGGCCCUCUGUCCCUCCUCCCCCCCCGGACCCCGGACUCCCCCCCCACCCGUCAGAGGAUGAUCCUGCAGCCACUCCAGUCCACGUCUGGGUUCCAGUACUACCUGAGACCGGACGGGAAGGUGGUGCAGCUGAUUCCUGUGAGCCAGCUGAGAGCCAUGAACCAGAACCGUGAUCCAGCUGAUCACACAGGUCCCUCCUCAUCAUCCCCGUCCCUCCGGCCCCCUACCGUGGCUGUAAUCAGGAGCUCAAAGCCUCUGACAUCAUCCUCCUCCCCCAUCUCUGGAAGGAAGACCACCCUGAAGAUCCUCACGUCCCGGUCCAGCAGGGACACCUUAGUCCUCACCUCUGCUACAGCUGCCCCCCUCGUCCCCGGUGAGGGGGUCUCGGCCCCGGAGACCUCCAGCCCUCCUGCAGCCCCCCUCAUUCCUGCUGAGGAGCCAGGGACCAGUACUGUGUCAGGGGGGGCUAAAGAUGUGGGGGUCCAUCAUGAGCCUGGUCCCCCACCAACCCUCCCCCCAGUAGACAGCACCCACACAGACCACACCGUGUCCUCUCCAGGUAGCAGCUCCACCACAGGACUCCCAGCACCGUCAGCCCCGUCCCGGCCCCCCGCUGACGGGGCUGACGGGGCUGACGGGCCUCUCCCGGACCCCCCACUGGCCCGACACCCAGGGGACCUGGACAUCAUCCAUGUGGACAAUGAGCCGGUGGAAGUGAUGGAGCUGACGUCGUCGAGUAGCGAGACGGAGGACUCGUCAGACAGCAGUGAAGACAGCGGUGAAGACAGUGGUGAAGACAACCUGCCGCUUGAAACAAGAAACGUAAGAAAUCGGUUCCUUCACAACGACAGUGAGAGGAGGCGUCGGAAACAGCUGCACCAGAUGUUUGACACGCUGAAGAGGGAGGUGGUCCAGACCGAAGAGAACAUCUCCAAGAUCGCCAUAUUGACAAAGGCAGUGCAGCAGAUCCAGGACCUGCAGAGGAUGGAGGAGUUUCUGGGGAGGAAGAAGAGGACCCUGCUGAGGAGGAGGGACGCAUACCUGUCCAUCCUGGCUCCGCCCUCAGAUCAGAGUUCUGUGCCGGAGGCGCCGGUUCCGGCGGAGGUUCUGUCUCCACCAGGGCUCCAGACGGUGGCGAACUCAGGUGGGAAGAGCGCUGAGAGGAACCUGCAGCACCGGGACCAGCGGCCAGCAGAAGGCCAGCAGAGCCCGGUCCCCAGAACCACACCGGUCUGGGGGCAGCCCGCUGCUCCCCCCACGGCGGACACCCAGAGACGCUGGAGGACGGUUCCCAACAUCCUGUCCCGCAGGAAGACGGCAGCUCCAGGGACAACCCUGCAGGAUCAGAGUUCUGUGCCGGAGGCGCCGGUUCUGACGGAGGUUCUGUCUCUACCAGGGCAGCAAGUUCUGACCCUGAACCCUGUGAUGGUGGGAGCCACGCUGCUGCAGACGGUGCCCACCUCAGAUCUCAACAACCUGCUGCACCUGCUGACGGAUGCAGCUCCCCAGCAGCUGGUCCAGCUGGGACCGCCUCCCGUGGUCCAGCUGCGACCGCCUCUGAUGGUCCAGGCCCCGCCUCCUGUGGUCCUGGCCCCUCCUCCCGUUGUCCAGGCCCCGCCUCCUGUGGUCCAGGCCCCGCCUCCCGUGAUCCAGGCCCCGCCUCCCGCACCCGAGUCCUCCCAGAGUCCCGCCGGCGAGAACUGGUCAUCGCUCCUCAACGAAAUCGUGUUCCUGAACCAGCAGACUGUUGCCACGACAACCACAGCAGCCAGACUGGGCGGAGCCAGUGAGCAGGGAGGCGGUCCUGGGGCCCAGGCCCCGCAGCAGGGGCCUGCUGCUGGAAACACCCCGGUCCCCCCUCCCCUGCUGCACAUGAAGCUGGGGGGGACCCUGGGGGGGGCCCCGGGGGCCCCGGCCGGCCCCAGCAGGGACGGAGCAGCCGGGGGCGCGGGGGCUGGUGGAGGGGCUGCCUGGAGGCCCAUGCCCAGGCUGGUCCCCCUGGGACUGAGGGGAAACUCUCCCAGCUGAUGAUCCAGGUUUAACCUCCGAUCAGAACCGAUCGGAUCAUUGAUCAGAGGGUUCCAGGGUCAUGUUUGUGUUCUUGACCAUCUGGUUUCCA